GUGGUGUCUGUUGGAGAGGAGGGAUCCGGACCCUCACAGCACUCUCCGUCUGAGUUUCUGCUCUCGGUUUGGAGCCAGAGCCGCGCAGCGUAUGUCAGUCUUGUUUGCGUUUGUCUGCCGUUUGUUAUUUACUGUCUGAGCGCUCUCUUCCUAGAAACAGCUAUGGGACAGACUGUCACCACACCCUUGAGCCUCACGCUUGGCCACUGGUCAGACGUGAAAGCACGAGCCAGCAAUGAGGGACUUGUAAUUAAGAAGAAAAAAUGGAUCACCCUUUGCGAGGCUGACUGGGUCACAAUGAAUGUAGGAUGGCCUCGCGAGGGAACUUUUAAUCUCAGUCUAAUUUUACAGGUGGAGGGAAAAGUCUUCGCUCCGGCCCCCCAUGGCCACCCGGACCAGGUUCCAUACAUCGCUAUCUGGAAACUCCUAGCGACCAACUCCCCCCCAUGGGUUAAGCCGUUUCUCUUCCUGCCAGCGCCCCCGGCCUUCCCCCCCACAGCACCGCUGCCCCCUCUUGCCCCUCCUACCUCCUCCCUUUACCCUAUUCUCCCACGAAAGGAUCCCCCUAAGACCCCUGUCCUUCCUGUGGACUCCAAUUCACCCCUUAUUGACCUUCUGACAGAGGACCCACCGCCGUACCCGGGGAAUCGAGCGCGGGAGGCGGCGUUUCACGGGGCCGCUGCGCCAGCCGCGCCAGCGGCGCCCUCUCCAAUUGCCAGUCGCCUACGAGGAAAGCGCGAUGAACCAGCCAAAGUAUCCAGGGCCUUUCCCCUCAGGGAAGGCCCCAGUCACCAGCUUCAGUACUGGCCGUUUUCGGCCUCUGAUCUCUACAAUUGGAAACAGCAUAAUCCUCCAUUCUCUAAGGACCCUGUUGCCUUGACUAACUUGAUUGAGUCCAUUUUAGUGACCCACCAGCCUACAUGGGAUGACUGUCAGCAGUUACUGCAAACCCUCCUGACAGUGGAGGAGAAGCAGCGAGUCUUCUUGGAGGCCCGGAAGCAGGUUCCUGGAGAUGAUGGAAGACCCACCCAACUGCCUAAUGUUAUUGAUGCAGCCUUUCCCCUCACCCGCCCGAACUGGGACUUCAUGACCCCAGAAGGUAGGGAGCACCUACGUCUCUUUCGCCAGUUGCUCUUAGCGGGUCUCUGGGGGGCUGCUAGGCGCCCCACCAAUUUGGCUCAGGUUAGAAAUGUGGUCCAGGGAAAGGAUGAGACGCCGGCAGCAUUCCUGGAAAGACUUAAAGAGGCCUAUAGAAUGUAUACCCCAUAUGAUCCGGAAGAUCCAGGACAGGCGCCGAGCGUCAUCUUGUCUUUCAUCUAUCAGUCAAGUCCAGAUAUAAGGGCCAAGUUACAGAGACUAGAGGGAUUGAAUUCAUUCAAUUUGUCAGAUUUAUUAAAAGAAGCAGAAAAAGCUUUUAAUAAAAGAGAAACUCCCGAAGAGCGGGAGGAGAGAAUAUGGCAGAGACAGGAAGAAAGAGAUAAGAAACGUCAUAGGGAAAUAACUAAAGUCCUGGCCGCUGUAGUGUCUCAGGGACAGGUCAGGGAGGGAGUUAGGAAGGGAGAUCAAAGAAGGAUACCCCUUGACAAAGACCAAUGCGCCUACUGCAAAGCGAGAGGACAUUGGGCUCGUGACUGCCCAAAGAAACCUCGAGGGCCUGAAAAAACUAAGACAGGAGCCACGAACCUCCUCAAUCUGGAAGAUUAGGGAGGUCAAGGCCAGAGCCCCCCCCCUGAGCCUAGGAUAACUCUCAAGAUCGGGGGGCAGCCAGUGACCUUCCUGGUGGACACCGGAGCUCAACAUUCAGUCCUGACCCAUACCGGAGGCUCCCUCAGUGACCGCACAGCUUUGGUCCAGGGGGCCACAGGUAGCAGGAGAUAUCGAUGGACCACCAAAAGAAAGGUUCAGCUGGCAUCUGGACAGGUAACCCACUCUUUUUUGCAUAUACCUGAUUGCCCUCACCCAUUAUUGGGCCGAGACCUAUUGACUAAACUCAAGGCUCAGAUCUACUUUGAUGACAAGGGGUCAACCGUUACGGGGCCCAAAGGGACCCCCCUACAAGUCCUAGCCCUAAGACUGGAAGAGGAAUACCGCCUCUUUGAAUCCGAGUCCUCUAAGGAGCCACCGGAAGGGAUACAGGGCUGGUUGAGAGAAUUUCCCUCAGCAUGGGCCGAGACCGGCGGCUUGGGGCUGGCUCAUGACCAACCCCCCCUUGUUAUUCAAUUAAAAGCCUCCGCCACUCAUGUUUCAAUCAAACAAUAUCCCAUGCCCCGGGAAGCCCACGAGGGUAUUAAGCCACACAUCCAGAGGCUCCUGGACCAGGGGGUACUCGUGCCCUGUCGAUCCCCUUGGAAUACCCCCCUCCUGCCAGUGAAAAAACCCGGGACAGGGGAUUACAGACCAGUUCAAGACCUGAGGGAGGUUAAUAAACGGGUUGAGGAUAUUCACCCCACAGUGCCAAACCCUUAUAACCUCCUCAGCACUCUUCCACCAACCCAUAUUUGGUACACGGUAUUGGACUUAAAGGAUGCCUUCUUCUGUUUGAGAUUGCAUCCCCAGAGCCAGUUGCUAUUCGCUUUUGAAUGGAGAGACCCAGAAAUGGGACUUUCAGGACAGUUGACCUGGACUCGGCUCCCCCAGGGGUUUAAGAACAGCCCGACCCUCUUUGAUGAGGCCCUACAUUCAGACUUGGCCGAGUUCCGGGUCGAACACCCGGCCUUAAUCUUGCUCCAAUAUGUGGAUGACCUCCUCCUAGCAGCCAGAACCCAAGCGGAAUGUUUAAGAGGCACUCGGGCCCUUUUGACUAAACUGGGGCAGAAGGGCUAUCGGGCUUCGGCCAAGAAGGCCCAGAUUUGCCAAAGCAAGGUCUUUUACCUGGGUUACACCCUGGAGGGAGGACAGAGAUGGCUCACGAAAGCAAGGAAGGAGGCCAUAAUCUCCAUACCCCCUCCAAGGAACCCCCGCCAGGUGCGAGAGUUCUUAGGUACAGCCGGCUACUGCCGCCUCUGGAUCCCAGGUUUUGCCGAGAUGGCUGCCCCAUUAUAUCCUCUCACCAAGCCCGAUGUCAUGUUCCACUGGGGAGAGGAGCAACAGCAGGCCUUUCAACAAAUUAAGAGGACUUUACUCGAGUCACCAGCUCUUGGCUUGCCAGAUCUGACUAAGCCUUUUGAACUAUUCGUGGACGAGAACUCAGGCUUUGCAAAAGGAGUACUGGUACAGAGACUGGGGCCAUGGAAGAGACCUAUAGCUUAUCUCUCCAAGAAAUUGGACCCAGUGGCUGCAGGUUGGCCCCCUUGUCUGCGCAUGGUAGCCGCCAUCGCUGUCUUGCUCAAGGACGCAGGAAAACUGACUUUGGGACAGCCAUUAACUGUGUUAGCCUCCCAUGCGGUGGAAGCUCUGGUCUGGCAGCCUCCAGAUAAAUGGCUCUCAAAUUCCAGGAUGACCCACUACCAGGCUCUGUUGUUAGACACAGACCGAGUGGUGUUCGGACCAGUUGUCUCCCUCAAUCCCGCCACCCUGCUGCCCUUGCCAGAUCCGUCAGAGGAGCACAAUUGCCUCCAGAUUCUGGCAGAGGCCCAUGGUACCCGCUCCGACCUAACAGAUCAACCGCUGUCGAACCCAGAUUUCAUCUGGUUCACGGAUGGGAGCAGCUUUCUUCAAGAAGGAGAACGGAGGGCUGGAGCAGCAGUCACUACCACAACAGAGGUAAUUUGGGCCUCACCACUGCCGCCCAGAACAUCGGCCCAAAGAGCAGAGCUGGUCGCACUGACCCAGGCCCUCCGGAUGGCGGAAGGUAAGAGACUCACGGUCUAUACUGAUAGCAGAUAUGCCUUCGCUACUGCCCAUGUACAUGGAGAAAUAUACCGGAGGAGAGGCCUCCUGACCUCAGAGGGCAAGGAAAUUAAAAACAAAAAAGAAAUUUUAGACCUCUUAAGGGCUUUGUUCCUCCCACAUCAGCUCAGCAUUAUACACUGUCCCGGGCACCAGAAGGAUGACUCUAUAAUAGCACGGGGAAAUCGGCUGGCCGAUCUGACGGCCCGGACAGUGGCCUUACAACCCCCCAGGGGCGACGAGCUGCUGGUCUUGCAGGACAACCAACAGCCAAGCAGAGACCCCAUGCCCUACAGCCCGGAGGACCAGGAACUAGCAAAGAAAAUGGGGGCGAAAUGGAGCCCUGAACGACAAGCUUACAUCAUAGAUGACAAAUUGGUUAUGCCAACUUCCCACACAAAAUACAUGCUCAAAUUCCUCCACGCGCUAACCCACUUAAGCAAAAACAAGAUGAAGUCAAACCAGGAAAAACCCAUCUGA